ACCAUUUACUAAAAACAAAAUGGCGGCAGACGAGAGAGAAAAAAGUACCAAGAAAAAACCUGGCAGUAAAUGGCGAAAAAGAGCAAAUAUUGCUGGAAUAGGGAGCAGAGAGAAAGGUCAAGGUUUUGCUCAAGUCCGUAGAACGAAGGCCAUUAGAGAGUAUAAAAAACUCCUUAGGAAAACAAGAAAAGAGCAUCAGACUUCAGCGUWUGUUCAAAAGGUUUAUGAGAGCGAGUUAAAUAAAAACAGUGGACGAGAAGAAGGAGAAAGAGCCUCCUCGCAAAGGAUCGAGCAUACUGAUGAUAAUAAGAACUCAAAAGAGCUAAAAGACAAAAUAUUCAUUAAGAAAACAGAAGAUAGCUCAUCGUCAGCACCCACUGGUAGAAACAGAAAACGAGUAAACACACAGACAAGAUUUUCUACUGCAGAAAAGGAGUACAAGAGAAAAAAGUUUGACAUUGAACAAAACAAAAAGGAAAGAGAGGAGCAGAAAGAAAAACGUAUACAAGAAUUACAAAGAAGCGUGAAACGAAGACGUCAAACAAACCAACAGCUGAUGAAAAGAACACGACGAGGCCAACCAAUCAUGGCAAACCAAAUCAAUUAUUUAUUAUCUAAAAUUAAAUAAUAUCUUUUAUUA